AUGUCCGGCAGCAACAUGCAAGUCACGACUGCAUCAUCUCACAGCACGGCAGUGGAUAGGCUUGGAGGUGUGGUGGUCAUGCUCUCGUCGGCCAUUGGAAAGUCAAGAGGACGGGCUGAUGUGAAGCCAUUCGGUUGGGAAAUGCCAAGACAAGAGGAGCCGACUCACGUGAAUGACAUCAGGAAAAGUGAAGGAAAACCUGUUCACGGCGGAGGGAGGUGUUCCUGCUCAACCAAACGGGCAAAGGCCGCGCGGCCAAACCGUGGGAGCUUGCCUUUUGCCUUGCUGCUGCAUCAUGCACGGCGCCCGUAG